CAGGACCCUCGGAGAGCUGUGGAAGGGAGCAGCCCCAGCAUCGAAGCAGAUGGAGAAUGGAGACUGGGCCUAUAUGAUGACUGAUCCAGUCACGUUAAAUGUCGGCGGCCACUUGUACACGACGUCGCUCACCACGCUGACCAGGUACCCCGACUCCAUGCUGGGAGCUAUGUUUGGGGGCGACUUCCCCACCGCCAGAGACUCUCAGGGCAACUACUUCAUCGACCGGGACGGGCCCCUCUUCCGCUACGUGCUCAACUUCUUGCGGACUUCGGAGCUGACGCUGCCUCUGGACUUCAAGGAGUUCGACCUGCUGCGGAAGGAGGCCGACUUCUACCAGAUCGAGCCCCUGAUCCAGUGCCUCAACGACCCGAAGCCGCUGUAUCCCGUGGAUACCUUCGAAGAGGUCGUCGAGCUGUCCAGCACGCGGAAGCUGUCCAAGUACUCGAACCCCGUGGCCGUGAUCAUCACGCAGCUGACCAUCACCACCAAGGUGCACCCCCUGCUCGAGGGCAUCUCCAACUACUUCACCAAGUGGAACAAGCACAUGAUGGACACCCGGGACUGCCAGGUGUCCUUCACCUUCGGGCCCUGCGACUAUCACCAGGAGGUGUCCCUGCGCGUCCACCUCAUGGAGUACAUCACCAAGCAGGGCUUCACGAUCCGCAACACGCGCGUGCACCACAUGAGCGAGCGCGCCAACGAGAACACGGUGGAGCACAACUGGACGUUCUGCCGCCUGGCGCGCAAGACGGACGACUGAGGCCGCGGCCUCGCACAGCCCUAUUUAUUGGGGGGCGCCUCCCCCGGUCUGCAUGUGCCUGGUCAGGGCCUCCAGAUACCUUUUUUAUAAAAAGAACCCCAAGAAUCAUCGCGGUCUCGAAUCUCCCCGUAACAGAACGUUUUCUCUGACAGCGGCUCCCCCACGUCCCCAGCCAGUCCCACGGUCGAUCGUCAUAGGAGUCCUGCCUUUCCACUUAGGACCACUGUUUCUUUCUAUGCAUAUAAAUCAAGCAACCAAAUACCUGUAGCCAUGGAAAUGUCUGACUAGAAAUAUUUAUAUUGGAUUUUGAAUACAAAAUGUCCCCAUGGUAGAAAUGUUACUUUUUAUGCCUGGUGCAAUAUUAUUCCCAAGUGUACUGCCUGCCCGAAAGAAGCUAAUAAACGAUAAAUACAGCCCCCGGCAGUGCCCGCGUCCGUUAUUGGGGUGACGG